UCAGAGGGAAAGAGAAGAGGAAGCAGAUCGAAGAGAGAAAUAAUGGAAGAGGGAAAAGGAACCGUUUGUGUAACAGGUGGGACAGGGUUUGUAGCAUCAUGGCUAAUUAAGAAUCUUCUUCAACGUGGUUACUGUGUUCGAGCCACCGUUAGAUGCCAUAGUAGUCCUGAUGAUGAAGGAAUAACAACGGAAAAGAAGAAAGACCUGAGCUAUUUGAGAAGGUUAGAAGGAGCAUCAAAGAGGCUGAAAAUCUUCCAUGGGGACCUUGAAGAAUUGGGUAGUUAUGACGAGGCCAUUGAAGGGUGUGUAGGGGUGUUCCACCUUGCUCAUCCAAUGGAUGUGAACGGAGAAGAGGGGGAAGAAAAGGUGACAAAGAGAGCCAUGGAAGGUACACUUGGAAUCUUGAAAGCUUGCCUUCGCUCUAAGACUGUCAGAAGAGUGGUUUACGCUUCCAGUGCUGUCACUGUCUUGUACAAUAAUGGUAAGAAUGCGUUGGAAACGGUGGAUGAAGAAACAUGGAGCGAAAUUGAAGUUUGCCAAAAUGGUAACAAUAUUGUAAGCUCUUCAUAUUUGGUAUCAAAGAUCUUAACUGAGAAGGCUGCAUUGGAGUUUGGACAAAACAAUGGUUUGGAGGUUGUGAGCUUGGUUCUUCCUCUGGUCGUUGGACCAUUUAUUUGUCCCAACAUCCCAUCAUCCGUACACAUCGCACUCGCCAUCAUAUUAGGAGACCAUAGUAAAUACGAGUAUCUAACCAACUCAUACAUGGUGCAUAUAGAUGAUGCUGCCAAUGCACUUAUAUUUCUUUUUGAAUAUGCUCAUGCUAAUGGAAGGUACAUUUGUUCCUCCCACCAAGUAUCAUUCUAUCAGGUUUAUCAACUACUUUCUCAAAGAUACCCACACCUUCAUAUCUCACUACCCAAUAAGUUAAGGGAGACAGCAAAUGGUGAUCUGAAGUUCAGUGAUCUAUCAUCAAGAAAGCUGUUGGAUGCAGGUUUCAAGUUUAAGUAUGGCAUAAAUGAAAUGUAUGAUGGAGCUAUACAAUGUUGCAAAGAGAAGGGCUUUCUAUAGUUCAUUUAGUACCCAUUAUCAUUAUUAUAUUAGUAGCUAAGAAGGAAAAUAGAAUGUUUAUAGUAUAAAAAUUACACUACAAUUUUCUUCUUUUUUUUUCACCUUAAAACUCCACUCACAAAUAAAUCCU